AUGGCACCAAUGAAAACAAGUGGUAGUGCAAGUACCGGGAAGAGGAGGAUGAUGUCCCUUGAAAUAAAGCUUGAAAUCGUUGAGAAGCAUGAGCAAGGCAUGCGAGUAAAGGAACUGGCCAAGCACUACAACUGUACAACGUCAACGAUCUGCACCAUCUUAAAGCAGAAAGAGUCCCUAAAGAAAAUUAAGCCAGCCAAAGGUGUCAAGAUUAUUUCAAAGCACCGUACAGAUGUGCAUGAGAAGAUGGAGAAUCUGCUGCAUGGUGAGGCAGCAAGUGCUGAUGUAAAGGCAGCAGAGGAGUUCGUGAAAACUUUUGCAGAAUUCGUCGAGGCAGAAGGAUACAUCCCCCAGCAAAUCUUCAACUGUGACGAGACAGGGCUGUUCUGGAAGAUGCCGAGGAGAACAUACAUCACCGAAGAGGAGAAGAAGAUGCCAGGACACAAACCUAUGAAGGAUAGGUUGACCCUCGCCCUGUGUGCCAAUGCGAGUGGCGACUGCAAAAUAAAGCCGCUACUCGUAUACCAUUCGGAGAACCCCAGAGCCUUUAAAGCACACAAGGUAAUGAAGGAGAAACUCCAUGUUAUGUGGAGGGCAAACCCUAAGGCGUGGGUCACCAGGCAGUUCUUUAUCGACUGGGUAAACCUUGUGUUUGGUCCUUUGGUGAAGAAAUAUUUGAAGGACAACAACCUGCCCCUGCGAGCCCUUCUCGUCCUUGACAAUGCUCCUGCACAUCCACCACAGAUCGAGGAAGAAAUACUCGACGAGUAUAAUUUUGUGAAGGUUCUCUACUUUCCUCCAAACACCACCCCCUAUCCUCCAGCCAAUGGACCAACAGGUAAUAUCAAAUUUCAAGAAACUCUACACCAAGCACCUGUUUCGCAGUUGCUUUGA